AAAUCCUUCACCUUUCUAUCUCUCUGAAUUUGCAGAGAUACAUUCAUCGUUAGUUUUCCUCAAUAUCCGAUACCCAUUUCCGUUACAAACUUUAUUUGUUAUAAUUUUCUCAAAUUUGUUGUCUUUUUGUGUCUGAAAUUCUACCCAUGUCAUGAAAAACUCGAUUCAGAUCCAUGGGAGGUGAUUCUGUGUCGUCUUCUAAUCAUUCUUUCACAAUUCAAGCGUUUUAAUGCUCUGAAACGCUCCAGAUCCAUACCCAUAUAGAACCCAAAUUUGCAUUUUCGGUUUGUGAAUUGGAAUCAGGGACGGUGAUUGAGGAAUCCCAUUACCCAGAUCCCCAAAAAUGAAAGGCAAGAGCAAAUUAUUCACGAUCGGGUUGGUGGCGGCUUGGUAUUCGUCCAACAUUGGGGUUUUGCUGCUUAACAAGUACUUGCUUAGCAACUAUGGGUUCAAGUACCCGAUCUUUCUCACCAUGUGUCACAUGACCGCCUGUUCUCUGUUGAGCUACAUCGCCAUAGCGUGGAUGAAGAUGGUACCAAUGCAGACGAUUCGAUCCCGCGUUCAGUUCUUCAAGAUCUCCGCUCUCAGUUUGGUGUUCUGUGUGUCGGUGGUGUUCGGUAACAUCUCGCUAAGGUUCUUGCCGGUGUCGUUUAACCAGGCGGUUGGGGCUACGACACCCUUUUUCACGGCGGUGUUCGCGUACUUGAUGACGAUGAAGAGGGAGGCUUGGCUCACGUAUGUCACCCUCAUUCCGGUGGUCACAGGGGUUAUCAUUGCUAGUGGGGGUGAACCGAGUUUCCAUCUAUUUGGAUUUAUCAUGUGUGUUGCAGCUACUGGUGCAAGAGCUCUGAAAUCAGUGCUACAGGGAAUUUUGCUCUCUUCUGAAGGGGAGAAGCUGAAUUCCAUGAACCUCCUUCUCUACAUGGCUCCAAUAGCCGUUGUGUUUCUGCUUCCUGCAACACUUAUUAUGGAAGAAAAUGUGGUUGGAAUUACAAUUGCUCUUGCCAGAGAUGACAUGAAGAUCAUCUUGUAUCUGCUAUUUAACUCAGCACUAGCAUAUUUUGUAAAUUUGACCAACUUUUUGGUCACAAAACACACCAGUGCGCUGACUCUUCAGGUAUACUACAUUCUUACUCAAGUGUUUACUUGUUAUACUGGGAAAAAAAUGGCUGGAAGCCUGGAAAGUUGGAUGCAUCAUAGGGUAAAUACCCUCUGUGUUUGAGAAUCUAUACAUUCAUAUAUAGAAGGAAGGUUUGUUUUUAUUUUUUUUAUUUUUUUAUCUGAGUGGCCCUGAGUUUUGCUUUGCCUUAUUAAGUGCUUAAAUAAUCCCUCUAGUAUCAUGUGUCAUUCUUUUACCGAAGUUCUGUGUCCUUAUGUCGUCACAUAAAAUAAUAUGCUCUUUAGGCAGGACAAUCUUUAUCACAGGAAAGAGGUCUUAAUGUGAUAGGUGAGGUUACUGUGUCUUUGGAAUCUUCGUGGAAGAUGACAGCCAGACACUCUCAAAAUUUCAACAAAUCAUGUUUUUUUCCCUUUUUGUGAUGAAUUCAAGCAAUUAUUUGCUGUCAUUUUCAUACGUUUUCAAUGCAAGUCUUUUUCAAGUUUCAGAUUAUCUUCUAGGUCACCUUGAAGCAUUUUGAGAUGAUAAAAUACUCUGGUUACAGGUACUAGGUAAUGCAAAGGGGGCAGUGGCAGUGGUGGUUUCAAUUUUAAUCUUUAGAAAUCCAGUUUCUGUUACUGGAAUGCUUGGUUAUACACUUACGGUCUUUGGAGUUAUACUCUACAGUGAAGCCAAGAAACGAAGUAAAUGAAAUCUCAUUUUGGGAUAAUGUUAAUGCAAUCGCCAACUAUUUUGUUUUUCCAUACUGUGAGGACAGCGGCAACCAUCAAAGAAGCAAGUUCAGGCCAUAUUGUUGCAGACGGUGGGUGGAUGGGUGGAUUUUACGUCCUAGAUUGGAUUUUUUUGCCUGGAAGCCUGGGAAACUGGCUUCCACCUGUAUCAGCAACAACUGCAGAAUUAGACCAACUUAGAGAAACUACAAUAAGUAGUUGAUUUGUCUCUGUUAGUCCCCGUUCCAGCUUGGGGUUGUAGAGAAAUACUAUAAAUUUGUCGUUUUAUUCUUUCAGGAAAGGGGUAUUGGGUUUACACAAUCACUUUGUUGUUAACAAUUCUCAUAUUGAUUAAUUAAUGGAAACACUAAAUUUUUAUCAUCAUC